AUGAGCUUUCCCCACCGAGCCCUGUCCCCACUGCAGAUUCCGUUCCUUGAUCAUGCCCUCCGGCCCCCUCCACUUCCAGGCGUGAAACUCCUUGAAGGAGAGCCUGGGUACCUGCCCUACAUGCACAUGGAGGGUCUGAGGGAAGGAAAGGCAGGAGCUUCAAGCGCCCUCAGGUCUGCGGAGGCGCCGGCGGCCUGGCGCAUCCCGGCCCACCGCUUCGUGCUGGCGGCCGGCAGCGCCGUCUUCGACGCCAUGUUCAACGGCGGUAUGGCCACCACGUCGGCCGAGAUCGAGCUGCCCGACGUGGAGCCCGCCGCCUUCCUGGCGCUGCUGAGAUUUCUGUAUUCAGAUGAAGUUCAAAUUGGCCCAGAAACAGUUAUGACUACUCUUUACACUGCUAAGAAAUAUGCAGUCCCAGCCUUGGAAGCACAUUGUGUGGAAUUUCUCACUAAACAUCUCAGGGCAGAUAAUGCCUUUAUGUUACUGACUCAGGCUCGAUUAUUUGAUGAACCUCAGCUUGCUAGUCUUUGUCUAGACACAAUAGACAAAAGCACAAUGGAUGCAAUAAGUGCAGAAGGGUUUACUGAUAUUGAUAUAGACACUCUCUGUGCAGUUCUAGAAAGAGACACUCUUAGUAUUAGAGAAAGUCGACUUUUUGGAGCUGUUGUACGAUGGGCAGAAGCAGAAUGUCAAAGACAACAAUUGCCUGUGACUUUUGGAAACAAACAGAAAGUUCUAGGGAAAGCACUGUCUUUGAUCCGGUUCCCACUGAUGACCAUUGAGGAGUUUGCAGCAGGUCCUGCUCAGUCUGGAAUUCUGUCAGAUCGUGAAGUGGUAAAUCUCUUUCUUCAUUUUACUGUCAAUCCUAAACCCCGAGUUGAAUACAUUGAUCGACCAAGGUGCUGCCUCAGAGGAAAGGAAUGCUGCAUCAAUAGAUUCCAGCAAGUAGAGAGCCGGUGGGGUUACAGUGGAACCAGUGAUCGAAUCAGGUUCACAGUCAAUAGAAGAAUCUCUAUAGUUGGAUUUGGUUUAUAUGGAUCUAUUCAUGGUCCCACAGAUUAUCAAGUGAAUAUACAGAUCAUUGAAUAUGAAAAAAAACAAACCCUGGGACAGAAUGAUACUGGAUUUAGCUGUGAUGGGACUGCUAACACAUUCAGGGUCAUGUUCAAAGAACCUAUAGAGAUCCUGCCCAACGUGUGCUACACAGCAUGCGCAACGCUCAAAGGUCCAGAUUCCCACUAUGGCACAAAAGGAUUGAAGAAAGUGGUGCAUGAAACACCUACUGCUAGCAAGACUGUCUUUUUCUUUUUUAGUUCCCCCGGCAAUAAUAAUGGCACUUCAAUAGAAGAUGGACAAAUACCAGAAAUAAUAUUUUAUACAUAAUUUAACAUCGUAAUACAUCUUGGCUAAAUAGUACCAUACAGGCUAGUCUCAAAGGUAUAAAAAAACUGGCCACAAAAAAGAGUUUGAGUGUUAUGAAUAUUUAUAAUUGUAAGAUAAGAGACAUUUUACUUUCUUAGAGGAGAUAGAUAAAUGCUGAUUUAAAUCUCUGCAUGAUUUAAAGGGAGAUUUUCCAUUUUCUUAUAACCUUAAGGGAAAAAAGAACAGGGUUUAAUCAUUUUUUUUUUAAAAACAGUUAUUUCAGCUUUACCUUGUAUAAUUUCAUGUAUCAGCUGACUCGUGAUCUUUCAACAGUUUUAUAGAAAGAUUCUUGUUUUAUAUAGCUGCGUUUUUUGUUUUUGUUUUUGUUUUUGUUUUCUUUCUGUUUUAACUAUUUGAGGGUUACGUAAGAUCAUUUGGGUCAGUAUUCCUACAGAAUUCCUAUUAACUCAAGUAACAAAUUUCAGAAGAUUAAGAAAACUGACCUCAUCUUUGGAGUUUUGAAAUAUCUGGUUGUUAGCAUUGGGAAGAUUGCUAGAAAUAGGCUUAACAGAUGCCUAAGAAAAUUUUCAAUGCACUUACAGAAAAGAAUAUUUUAUAAUAGAUAGUAAUAUGUUACAUAGUACAGUUUUAAACUAUAAAUGAAAUUUGUACAGAUUCACAAUAAUGUGAUAUAAACAAAAGAUCUAAAGGUGUAAUCUAAGACUGGAUUCUUUAUCUCCAAACUGCACCACUAUACCUGUCUGUAUGGGGGAUGCUGUAGAAAAUUCUCAGUAUUGAGAUGAUGGCAAUGAUGAUGGUGAUGGGCAAACACAUCAGUUCAGCAUUGUGGCGAUAAUCUUACACAGCAAGCGAUGGAAUGAAAUACCAACAUUUCUAACAACUACUUUGAAAUUUUAAAGUUAUCCAACAGAAUCAUUCCUGCUGAAAAGUAUACUUUCAGUCACCCACACAAUUCUAUCCAAAAAAUAAAAUAUGUUGAAUACUCACGACCUCACUGUUGUAGGUACAGCUGUAGUAGGAGGGGAUAGGAAGUGUAUCUGACAGAAUGACAUUUAUACACUUUUAUAAAGCAAAAUUUUUAUAUAAAUAACAUUCUUUUUCCCUUGAAAGUGAUUAUCUCAUUAAAAAUGUAUGUGUAAUUAAGUUUAUCAGGUCGUUGUGGAAAUAGGUAAAAAUCACAAUUCUUUUAAGUAUCAACUUAAAAAGAAUUUUUUCUAAAUGGUAAUUAGGAUAGAAAUUUUUCAUCAAAAGUAUUUCAUGUGAUAUUUUUGAGAAGGUAGUGAGGUGUGUUGGUGACAGAGUUCUCUUAAAAUUGCUGAGGAAAAGGGAAGCUUUCCUAUCUCUGGUAAAAUGACUUUAUGGCUAUAAACCUCAGUUAACUGGAAUGACUAUGGAACGUGUGGUUCUGGUUAACUUAAGAUUAACUAGCAAACAUUCUGUAGUUACCAUCAUGGAAGAUCCUUCUGUCUUAAAAAGUAUGGUGUGCCAGAUGUUUUUUGACAUUUGAGGCAUUUCAGAUGCUUUCAAGUAUGUUGUACUGAAUGAUUGUAACUAAAGGUAGUCAUGAAGGGACAAGAAAUGGAACUGUUUACUGAAUGGGACAUCCCCUGGAAUUUUUAAAAAAUAAAUAUCUAUUAUCCUUUAUUUA